AUGUGUAAAUAACAUUAACCUAUUAAAAGAGUCAAAGAACGUACUAUAAUAGAGGCUAAAUAAAAAGUUGAUUAAUGGAGAUGCCUAUAUAAAAAUGGAGGGAUUGAUGAGAAUGGCAAAAAAAUUAAAUAUAGUCUUAAAAAAGCUGCUGAAAAAGUAGGAGUUCCAAAAAAAUCUUUAGAGGAUUAUCGUUAUCUAUUAAGGUAAGGAUAUAUAAUAUAAGUUUAGAAAAGCAUAGUUCUUAGUAGAUUUGAAUAAGGUUGGAGAUAAAAGAAUGGGUUUUUUGCGCCUGAUAUUAAAAUAAUAGCGAUAUAAUCAAAAAUAAUAUCUAUAAGAUUAGCACUAAACCGUUGCUGAAUAGAAACAUCAACUAAAAAAGCUCGAAAAUUAACAACAUUUUGAGGAUAUGAUUGUUGAAGGAGAUACAAUCAAAUAAGCUUGGGAUGACGACCUCUUGGAUCUCUCAAAUUACCUAUAGCCUUUAUAAUGUACUGUUAAUGAAUAAGAAGGUAUUCAUGUAGAUAAUUUUGAAAUUGGCAAUCUUGAUGAUGUUUGCAAAAUAAAUGGACAAUUAACUUUAAUCGAAUGA